CUCUCUGCACCACAAUGAACUAUCGGGCCCCAUUCCCCCUUUCAUCGACCAAGCCAAGCUCCUCUCCCUCCUGGACCUAAGCAGCAAUGGCUUCACAGGGCCCAUUCUGCCUCAGAUCGCCACUCUCACCAACCUCACCACCUUAAGCUUGGGUGGCAACGAGGGAUUGGUUGGCAGCAUUCCAGAGGCAAUAGGCAACCUCACGUCUCUGGAGUCUCUCAAGCUGGGGUCAACUCAGCUCAAUGGCACCCUGCCUCUCAGCCUGAGCCGUCUCGCUCAACUCACCAUGCUUGACAUCAGCAACACGGCCAUCAGCGGCUCAGUACCUGCUUUUCUCGGAAACCUCUCUGAUUUCCUCACCUUCAUGAAGAGCAGCAGCAUGACAUGCAACAGCACCACCGACAGCAGCAGCAGUGUGUGCGCUCUAGUCAGCCCCUCAACAGUCUCCCGCAACUCAGCCUUCUGCCGGGAGUGCCCCGACCUCUGCUCCACCUGCCUCCCAGCCGCUCCCCCGCCCACCGACCCCUCACAACCCUCAGGCUCCUCCUCCUCCUCUUCUUCUACCGGGCUCAUAGUUGGGGUGGCGGUGGCAGUGGCCGUGCUGCUGCUCCUGCUGCUGUGGGCGGUGCUGUGGUGGUGGAGAAGACGGGAGCAGGGGGAGAAGCAAGGCCCAUCUCCGUUUACUGUGGCAGUGGGGGAAGGCGAGGAGCCAAUCGACUGCCAGCAGUAUUCCAUAGAGGACAUGCGACGGGCCACAGCGGACUGGUCCUCGCGGAACCGCAUCGGCACGGGGGGCUUCGGAGACGUGUUCAGGGGGGCAUCUCCGUACGACCCGAGUGUGUUCUGGGCAGUGAAGCGGGCGCGCGUACUGACGAAUGACUUCCUGAAGGAGAUCGAGCACAUGGCGAGCAAGAACCAUCCGUGCCUGGUGCGGCUGCUGGGUUUCUGCCACGACUACAACCCGCGCACGCAGCGCAUGGAGCAGAUCGUGAUCUAUGAGUUCAUGGAUAAUGGCGACCUGUCCCAGUGGACCAAACCAGACGGCAAGCACCUGACAGCGGCUCAGCUGCUGGACACGCUGCUAUCAGUGGCACAGGGGCUGGCGUACCUGCAUGGCUUCGACAUCGUGCAUCGAGACAUCAAGCCGGGGAACAUCCUGCUGGAUAAGAGCAUGCAGGCGAAGCUGUCAGACUUUGGGCUGCUGCGGAUGAGUGAGAGCAGCACGGUGAAGUCAACGCGGGUGAUGGGCACACCAGGCUAUGUGGACCCCACUUAUGCUCAGACCCGCAAGGCCACCACUGCAGCUGAUGUGUACAGCUUUGGCAUUUUGAUUCUCGAGCUCCUCACGAGCAAGAAGGCCGUCUUUCCUGUCAACAACCGCCCCGUUCACCUCCGAGACUGGGUGUCCCAGCAGCUGCACCCAGAUGCUCACAAUGCAAAGCUGGACGAUCCCACUGCUAUUCUUCCAAUAGAUCCACCACCAGAGCUGCCCGCAAGCACGGAUCUCCUGGAUGUGAUCGAUCCACGCCUGGCCAUGCCUCAACCCGCAGCGCUGCGCCUGCUCCACCUCGCCCUCUCCUGCACCACCAUGUCGCUCGCCUCCCGCCCCUCCAUGAUGAAGCUUAAUCUGCCUGUUCCCAUCAACCUUGGUGCUGGUGCCCGUGCCACGAGCAGAGUGGAGCUACUUCCAUGGUGGUGCGGUCCGUGGAUCGCGCUGUCUCUCCAUGCUCGGAUGCACCUAACCGACGCAACGCCUCUCCACGCAGCCUCCUGCAGUCUCACUCCCACUCCCCCACCUCCUACUGCAUCCUCGUCUGCUGCUGCUGCUGCUGCUGCUGCUGCUGCUGCUGCUUCUGCUGCUUCUCUCGCUGUCGCCACCCCUUUUGCUCAUGAGACCACUAUCACUGACGUGACCUCUGCUGUCGCCACUAGUACUAUCGAUACUUAUCCCACGGCUCCGUCUGCUUCCACGUCAGCUCCAGCCGUACCGUGCGGCGAAGAGUCAGGGCCUCUUACCGAUAUUCCCCCUCGCACCGCGUCGCCUGUACCCGAGAUCUUUCCUCGAACCGCGUCGUCUGACGGUGACGUAGCACAACUGCCGACUCCGUCGUCGCCCGGCGUCGUCGCCGAAGAGUCAGCGACUGCGUCGCAGAUAAUCCCUCGCAUCUCAGCCGUUGACGGUGCCGUCGCCGAUAUCGCAGCGCCUUCGUUUCCCAGACCGGUAGCCGAAGCGCCAGAGCCGGUUUCUGACACUGUUCCUCGCGCCACGACCGUAGAAGCGAGCAUCACGCGUCGCGCAAAUCCGUCUGCUUUCGCAGCUGCGCCGGCGACUCUCACAGCCGUUCCUUCUCCGAACGCCGCUCCUCCUGCUCCGUUCGCUCCUAGCCGUUGGAUCUGGCUGGCGUCCCCGAUCACCAUUUUCCUGUCGCUCUUUCACCCCGUCCUCCUCUGCGCAGCCGACAUGUGGCAGCUGGUGCGGCGACUAAUCGGCCACGUCACCAGCGCUACUGCAGGUCGCCCGGGCCUCUGGACGGCGUCAGCAGCGGCGGCGAGAGGGGAGGCGCAGGGGAGCGGCGGCGCGGCGAAGCGGGUGCGGUGGGAGGAGGAGGAGGUGGCGUGCGGCACGGAGCACACGGUGGUGUAUCUGCUGCUGCAGAGCGGCCGCCUCUCCCCCCGCGGGCUUGCCACGCUCGCCUGCCUCUGCCGCUCCUUCCGCCAUGCGUGUGAGGACGAGAUGCUGUGGCAUCUGGUGUGCAUCGUGCAUUGGCCCAGCCUCAACGCUCCAGACCUUGAAGCCAGAAUACGAGCGAGCGGUGGUUACAAGAGGUUCUGCCGUUUGCUCCACACGCCCUGUGGGGAGGUCCAGUCCACCAUUCCAGCAGGCCACGUGGACGAGUUUGUGUCUGACGUCAUCUUCCUUGUUGACGUGUCGUACCGUGGUUCGCCCAUCUUCGCGCGUCGCAUCAACGGGGCGAGUGACCUGGAGCACCUGCAGCAGCCCGACUCGUUCGCCUUCAGGCUGCCAGACAUCAAUGUGGGCGCAGUGCUGGUGGACGGCAAGCCUGGGCUGAGCAGGCGGGCGUUGGAGCGCGCAGCGAGGGAGCUGCAGGUGUCGUGUCUGGCGCUCAGGGGGCGCGACGACUGCUUUGCUGUGCUGCUCAACGCUGCCACCUCACAGAACAGCAUCAUUGGCGGGACGGUAUAUGCUACUUUCCAACGCCACUUUGCCUUGCCAGGCACCCUCACGCACACCAACUUGGCAGUCGACUGCAUCGUCACCGUCACCUCCCGCGCUCGCUACGUCGACCCCGCCGCCCAACCGGAUGGCGCCGCCGCCCAUCCAAAUGGGAUAAGGGAUGGGCAGAUUAAUGGGUUCCGGGAAGGGGGUGGCAAUGUAGGGCAGAUGAAUGUGUUCCAGGCAGGGAUGGGCGGUGUAGUGGCAGGAGGAGGAGCAGCUGCUGGUGGCGCUGAUGCUGGUGGUGCUGCUGGUGCUGCUGGUGCUGCUGGUGGUGUUGCUGAUGCUGGUGGUGCUGCUGGUGCUGCUGGUGCUGCUGGUGCUGCUGGUGCUGGUGCUGCUGCUGCUGCUGCUGCUGCUGCUGCUGCUGCUGCUGCUGCUGCUGCUGCUGGUGCUGCUGGUGGUGCUGGUGAUGGUCCUGCCGCUGCUGUUGCUUCUGCGGCUGCUGCAACAGCGGCAGCAAUAGCAGGUGCAGGCACAGCAGCAGGAGCAGCACUGGCAGCAGCAGCAGCAGCAGGAGCAGCACUGGCAGCAGCAGCAGCAGGGCCAGGGCAUGUGCAUGGGGAUACAGUGUUGGAUGUGGUGUUGGGGCAGCUGGGGUUUCAGAUCAAGGUGGAGUGCGGGCAGGGGGAGGCGAGGCAGACCAAGCCGAGUGUGGGCGACUGGCACGACCUCAAGUGGAAGUGA